GAGCCCGAUAGAACGUAGGUCAGGAAAUGCGUUACAAAAUGGCGCCCAACGUGGGACCAACGCGAGGAUGAUGUACCGGUCGGCCACCUUUGAACGGGUUUUUCUAUUGUUGACGCGUUAGAGGACAUGCUGGGCUAGGUAAACGAGUCGGGUGCGCGGUAAGCCGGCUGUUGCUAAGCGAUCGGAGAUCGAGACAACAAAUAGCCGGCUAGCCGAAACGACGGGUUAGGUCACGGAAUAGAAGCGAAAUGACAACAGCUGAUCGUUGUUGAUUAUAGGUCGGAAAGUGACAGGUCAACAACCUGACAGCUCGGGGAACAAUAGUCGAAGCUCGCCGGGGAUUUAAAGAGAGAAUUUCGGUUUUUCGGGUCAUUGAACCGCCGCGGAGGAUGAUGCCGGAUUUCGCGAACGAGUCGGCCCUAAUUUCGUGGGCAGCCGCUCUAGAGGAGCCGGACAUCCGCCGAGAAUUACAGGCGGCCAACGUCAACGCGGAAGGGAGUGAGCCCACCGCCCGAUUGCGUUUGUUGCGGUACGCGAUGCGUAGCCACUUCGGGAUCCAGGAUCUGUGGGGCCCCGACGAUGAGGUGCGGGGCGGAGCAGAAGAUCCCGCCGAUGGAGAGCCGGCCGCCACAGGACUCCCUGAGGUGAGGCAGUCGGUAGACGAGCCCGCCAGGGAGGAGGCAAGGGAAAUGAGACGGUCUCUAUUGAAAACGCCAUCGGAGCGGGGGGCGAGGGAGGAACUCUCGACACGUAGCGUUUACGUGCUCCCUGAAGGGCCUCUCGCUACGCGGGCCGCGGGCCCCGGAGGAAGAUACGUGCUGUUGGACCUCUCGGGAGAGGCGGCACCUCCGCUAAGCGAGGGGAUGAUGCGGUCGGAUCCGGCGAUAACCAGGUGGGGUAGCGGCCGGAUUCAAGCCGAGACGCAACCGCGUAGACGAUCGGAAGAAGAGCGACGACACUCGGGAGAGAGCCGCGA